UCUCUCUUUCUGUCUCAAUCUGUAGUGGAAGAAGAAUAGGAAAAGGAAGGGAAUAACCAUGCGAUUCAACAAUGGCAUAACAGGGGAAGAAUCUGUUCCCUUGUUGCAGAAAAUACCAUCAAUAAGAGAGAAUGAAGAAGAGGAAAAUUUAGGGAAAAGGGUUUGGAUCGAAUCAAAACUGUUAUGGCACAUCGUUGGUCCAGCCAUCUUCAGCCGUGUCUCCUCCUACUCCAUGAAUGUCAUCACCCAAGCUUUCGCUGGCCACCUUGGUGAUCUUGAGCUUGCUUCCCUCUCCAUCGCCAAUAAUGUCAUUGUUGGCUUCAAUUACGGUCUCUUGUUAGGAAUGGCAAGUGCAUUGGAGACACUAUGUGGUCAGGCAUUUGGAGCUAAGAAAUUCCAUAUGUUGGGAAUCUAUAUGCAGAGAUCAUGGAUUGUUCUGUUUCUCUGCUCUGUUCUGCUUCUGCCCAUGUACGUAUUUGCUACUCCUGUUCUGAAAUGGAUGGGGCAACCGGAGGAUGUGGCGGAGCAGUCGGGUAUGGUGGCUCUCUGGCUUAUCCCUCUCCACUUUAGCUUUGCAUUCCAGUUUCCUUUGCAGAGGUUCUUGCAAUGCCAGCUUAAGACUGCAGUGAUUGCCUGGGUUUCCUUGGUGGGUUUCAUUGUUCAUGUAUUUGUGAGUUGGCUUUUUGUGUAUGGCUUCAAGCUUGGCUUGGUGGGAACUGCUAUUACCCUUAACUUCUCAUGGUGGGUUCUGGUUUUUGGAUUGUUGGCUUACACCAUUUGUGGUGGGUGUCCUCUCUCUUGGACUGGUUUCUCGGUUCAAGCUUUCUUUGGGCUUUGGGAUUUCCUCAAGCUCUCUGUAGCUGCAGGUGUAAUGCUCUGCUUGGAGAACUGGUAUUACAGAAUAAUUAUAUUGAUGACAGGAAAUCUGAAGAAUGCAAAGAUUGCAGUUGAUGCUUUGUCCAUUUGCAUGACCAUUAAUGGAUGGGAAAUGAUGAUUCCUUUGGCGUUUUUCGCGGCAACUGGAGUAAGGGUGGCAAACGAGCUAGGAGCAGGGAAUGGGAAAGGAGCAAAGUUUGCGACAACAGUAUCAGUGGUGACAUCAACAAUAAUAGGUCUCAUAUUUGGUGUUCUAAUUAUGAUAUUCCACAGCAACUUUGCAAUUAUCUUCACUUCCAGCUACCAAGUUAUCACUGCUGUCGACAAGCUUUCUGUCCUCUUAGUCUUCACCAUUCUCCUCAAUAGUGUUCAACCAGUUCUCUCUGGUCAGUACUCACUACUACUCUUCUCUCAUCUCUUUCUCAUUUAUAGUUUCUCAACUUCAUCUAUUAAUGUAGGAGUGGCUGUUGGAUCGGGAUGGCAAGGUUUUGUGGCCUUCAUAAAUUUGGGUUGCUAUUACAUCAUUGGGGUCCCUUUCGGUGUUUUAUUGGGAUGGUUCUUUAAUCUUGGAGUCGAGGGUAUCUGGAUUGGGAUGAUUUGUGGGACCGCGGUGCAAACAUUGGUAUUGUCCAUCAUCACCAUUCAUUGCGACUGGGAUAACGAGGCAAGGAAAGCAACCUUAGCGGUAGAAAAAUGGGCGAAAUCAGAUGCUGCAGACGGUGAAAACCAAAUUACAGCAAAAAUAAAAGGGUAGACUCAC